AAUAACAUGCUCCUCUCCAUUUUGUCCAUUCCUUCUAUCAAAAACUUCCUCUCCACGCUUUAUUUCAACCCAACAACCCUUUAAAUUGUUCCUAAAACUAUACUUUCCCACAACUCUCAAUACAUAUUCAUUUAUCAUUUUCUUCUUCAGCUUCUGCAACCAUGCUUGAUUUUGCUAUGGAAUUGAUCACCCAAGCUGCUUCCAACUCUCUUUUCGUCUUCUGUUUCUGCAACUCGAUCAUAGUCACCAUCCUCAUUGCCUCAAAACCCUGCUCCACCUUUGAUCAAGGCACUAGAAUUCCUCUAUCUGUAGUGUCCAAUUUACAGGCGGUGAAGGCUCAACAUCUGCUCAAAAAACGUGACAAUUCAACACAAGAUGUCUUUGAAGUUUCAAAUGCUACUAAUAAUCCAGAUAGAGAGAAGGAAGGAACAAUGGAGGAUCACGAGAAAAAUAAUCCUGGUGGCCGUAAAGAAGAUGAUAGAGAAGAUAAUGAUGAGCUAAGGAGAAGGGUAGAGGAAUUCAUAGCCAAGGUCAAUAGAGAAUUGAGAGCAGAACAAUUCAGGAUAGUUAGCUAAGCCUGUAUAGAUUUAUGUAUAAUAAUGUACCAUGGAUUCAGGAUCAGAACAUUUUCCGCAACCUUGAGCUAAAUUGCAAAGCAUGCUUGAAGAUUAGUGAUUUCCCUUUUUCUAGUAUAUCUAAUGAUGUACUAUACAACAAAUCAAAUGAUAAUGUUCUU